UAAAUUUUCUCUAGCUGCAAGAUUUCAGAAGGGCAACUGAUUUGCAUAGAUUAAAAUCAGUCCAUCUGGAUCGUUCAAAGUGGUCGGUUCAUAAUGAUUACUAAAUCAGUAAACUGUCUCCUUGUGUUACUAGGACUCCUUUCAUUCUCUGCAUCUCAUAAGCUCCCGGAACCUGGAACGUGUGGUAUCCAAGUUUCCGAUCGGAUUUAUGGUGGAAAUAUCACAAGCAUUGACAGCUACCCAUGGACCGCCAUUUUGGUAUUUCGACAAACUGGAUACAAAUCCGAUCUAUUCCAUUGUGGCGGCAGUUUGAUUUCAAAUCGUUACGUUCUCACUGCGGCACAUUGCACCGAUGGACUCUCCAAAGAUUAUAGGAUAGAGCGCGUUCGACUGGGCGAAUGGGAUUUAGAGAGCGAGACUGAUUGCAAUUCAGAAUCUGUUUGCACCGAUCCACCGGUUGACGUAGAAGUUGAAAGUAUAAUUAGUCACGAGGACUUUAAUAGAUUGACUCUCCGAAAUGAUGUUGCACUGAUUAAGUUGAAACACAGAGUCAAUUUUACGGAUUUCAUAUCACCGGUUUGCUUGCCACUUGCUGAUAAAGCUAGAACACUGGACACAGAUCACACGAGAUUUACUGCAGUUGGUUGGGGAAAUACGGAACACAAAAACGGAUCUUAUGAAUAUGGAAGCCGUUAUAAACUUCAUGUAUUUUUGAAUGGUGUCAGUCUGGAAACUUGUGACGCGGCGUAUGACGAAGACAUUAUUGACUCUCAGCUAUGCGCUGGAGCGGAAAAGGGCAAAGAUACUUGCCAGGGUGACUCAGGCGGUGGACUGGUUGCACCUGUUGAUGGUCUUUAUUACGAGUACGGUGUUGUCAGUUGGGGCUAUGGUUGCGGCCGUAAAGGGGUUCCCGGAGUGUACACUAGAGUAACCAGUUUCUUGGACUGGAUUCAAAACCAUUUGAAAUGAAAUGAAUGAAAUGAUCACAAUGAAUUGUAAAUUGAGUAGCAUGUUAGCUUCAGCACAAAUUGAAAACAAAUACAUUUCAAACCUUAUAUUGGCAGUACACACCAGGGUUGUUGAGGUUGAUUUCGACGUUAUCGCUGAAUUUUGCGUUGAUUCCAUUGUCAUCGUCAACUUUAGCGUUAUGGGAAAUUUUCACCAGAGACAUUACGUAGAUUAUUCACAAGAGAUUAAAUAUUAUAUUCAGCAAUAUUUGUGUAAGAUGGUAUAUAAAUUUUGUUUAAAAUACAGAUUCUGAGGUUAGUUGUUGAA